UCAGCGCCAUCUACUACAACAAGUGCUUUGAAAAUCUGAAAUAAUUGUUUUUCAGAAUGCCUCUCCCAGCGGGUUUAUUAGCAAGAUUGAAGAAACGAGGUCUAGUCAAAGUAGAUGACAAUACGCCAGACGAAGGUGAGGAAGUGUUUGCGGAAGAUUAUGACGACGAUGAAAGACCAAAACCGAUACCUGAAGAAGAACCUAUUGAAAAAGAACAGGAGACAGAAUUUGAUGAAAACAGAGAGCUUGUCCAUGAAGUGUCUGCAUGUCCCAAUAUCAUGAAUAUGUACCACUCUUGUACAAAAUUCUGCGAAGAAAGAUGGGGCAAGAAGGAAUUCUCACCAUCUGAGGCAAUGAUUCGUAGACGCGACAGAACCCUGACUGCACACCCACUCCCAGAAAAAUGGCGUGAAGUUGCUGACACUGACACAAAUCGCUACUAUUAUUGGAAUGUCCACACUGAUGAGGUAUCUUGGCUACCCCCGACACAUCCACGUGCCAAGGUCACCUUUCCCGCAGAGAAACUGAAAAACUUACUAGAGGGUAAAGAAAAUGUUGAUAAUGAACCCGAGGAAGAUGAGCAACCAGUUAUGCCAUCUAUAGACGAUUCUGAUUUUGAGGCUUUAGAAAAUCAAAUCCGUCGGAAAGCACGGGAAAAGGAACAAGAGCAAAAGCGAGAAAAACAGAAGAAGGAACGCCGUGGAGAAAAACGUAAGAAAGCAGACGAAGAUACAUUAGACCCAAUGGACCCUGCAUCUUAUUCUGAUAUUGCUAGGGGAUCCUGGUCAACGGGACUGGAACGGGGAGGAGAUGCAAAAACAGGGGUGGAUUCUACAGCUUCUGGUCCUUUGUUCCAACAACGGCCUUACCCAUCACCUGGCGCCAUCUUAAGGGCAAAUAGAAAACUAGAGGAGCAGGAAUAAUCUGCAAAUUACUCAAUAGAUGGCAUUGAAUUUUUAAAAAGUGCUUUCCAAGACACUAGCGCCAUCUUAGGGCAGAAGAACAGGAAGUGAAACUUUUAAACAAAUUACUCAAUAGAUAGUAAAACUGUCU